AAGGACAGCUCUGAGGUUCAGUGAAGGCGUCAGUCUAAUAGGGCUGAAAUUACUCACCGAAAUAUUGAUACUGUUCAAUAUAAAAGCUCAAUUCAAUGUUCGAUUCAUUGCCUCGAUUUUCGGUUCCAUACGUUUAUUACAAACAGGUAGUCACCAAAGGAAAAUAAGGGAAAAUGCCUUUAUAUCAGGAAGAAUUCAGUCACUGGUUAGAUUCCGUUGUACAGGCAUUUGUAACACUAAGUGAGGAACAGAGAACUGGCACACUUAAAGCUAUACUGGAGGUGUGUGGCAGUGAACAACUUACCUAUCUGACUCAGGUUUUUAUUCCUGGCAGUUGUCAGAUUGAUUUUAUUUCUCACCUGCCCAAUGAUGUUGUUAUCAAGAUUCUAAAGUAUCUGGAUGGGGAAAACCUGAAACAUUGUAAGGAAACAUGCAAAUAUUGGAACAAGCUGAUAGACUCCAGCAAAGAAAUCUGGCUUCAUCAGUUCUGGAAAAUUGGUGGUCAGAUGAUGAAUCCACCCACUAUCACAACAGUGGAAGCUCAGAAACUUUACUGGCACCAACAUUAUUACAAAGAGAAUUUCAAUGAAGAUCUGUACAAGGGACAGUUUCUGUUUGGUCCUUAUGAUGAGGAAGACACCACUGAAUGUUAUAAGCUAAAAAGUCCAUACUUCUGUACACCAUAUUUAGCUGUAGGAAGCGAAGAUAGGAAUGUAUAUAUCUGGGACACGACCAGAGGGAUAGCCUAUCUGGUGAAAGUGAUAGAGGCCCACAGUGUUUGUCAGAUCAAGUUUGACAAGAAAUUCCUGUACACAGCAUCGUAUGACAACACUGCCACCUCCUGGAAUAUGGAAACAGAACAACAACACUGUAGAUAUGUAGGACAUGUUAAUGCAGUCAUGUGCAUUGAACCAAUUCAGUGUCAGCGAUUGGUGCUCACUGGAUCUGCAGACUCGACCAUCAAAAUCUGGGAUCAUGACUCUGGAGAGCUUUUGCAGACUUUGGUCAAAUUUCAUUCAGGGUGGAUCAAACAGAUCCGAGCUUUAAGCUCACCAUUGUCUGACCGUCUAGUAAUUCUGUCAUGUGACACAAAAGGACAGAUUUGCAUUUGGUGUAAAUUAUUUGACCAGGACAGGAGGCUUUCUCAUGAACACGAAAUGUUGUUAAAUGUUCCUUUCUGCUUGUCUUCCCCCAUUGUUACAAAUGAUGGAUUAGUAUGCAUACCUGCAGAUGUAUCCCAAGUACACUUGAACAGUAGUGCAGUAAAUAUCAUACAGAGUGGUAGAGGGGUGCUGUCAUUUUUCUCUGUGUCAGUAGAGAGAAAAAUGAGAAAGGACAAACUGGUGUGUUCUUGUGUUCGAAAGGUAUAUCUGCCUUCGAAUUUGUCAGAAAGUCGGACGCUGAUUGGUGUUGGUCGGAGGUUUGCUGUUUUCCAUGUGACUGAGGAUUACGUUUCUGAGGAGGGUGAUUUAUAUCCCUCCUCGCUCUCUGUUGUUGACUUGGAGCUCAAAGAAAUCUACCUGACUUCUCCUGCAUGUCAUGAAAGUCCAUUCGGUGAGCCCCCUAUUUUAGGAGACACUGACUGGCUCGAUGGAUUCAAUGAAAGUAAUCACCCAUGGCAACUUUUGAUCACACAGAUGGGUGAUAGCCAUCUUAGUCUUACAACAGCCAGGAAAUAGAAUACGUGCAAGCAAACAGCCAUCUUAGAAUUUAUUCAUUCUCUAAGUCUUAAUUGCAAAUUAAAGUAUGCAGUAAUUUUUCAAAAGACUUACAUUGAGGUAACUUGUGCAUGUCCGUAAUAUAGAGAGUCAAUCGCUUUGUUUCCCAUGAAACAUUACAACAUGGUGUGGGUUAGUUGAGGUCAUGACCCAGAAGAUAAUGAAGAUUCACCUUGUUUAGAAAAUGUUAUGAUGUACUGGUGGGCAGGUAUUGCAGCCCUUUAUUGUCCAGGAAGAAAUACGUAGUAAUUGUCAUUAUUCAUUAUAUUUUCAAAAAAAAAUAACUUACAUGGUAAUUUACAAUGCUAUACAAAGCAAUUAUUCAUUCAUCAAGUUUGUAGCAUGUAUCUGUAAACUUCUUACAAAUGUCAUGGUGAUUAUUUGUGCAUUCAGUGUCGUAUAGCCAUGUCAUAUGGACAAGGGAGACAUAAGUUGUAAAUUUCAGGACUCUUGCACCCCUGGGGCUUUAGGGGCAGGGCAAAAACUGACCAAUUUUCAAAAAUUGUCUUCUGUAUAAACGCACAUCUAUAAAAAGAAAAAUUAAAAGCGUAGUGAUGUAGAACAGGAAGACCUCUACCAAAAUUGUUCAUAAUCCCUGGGUUAGAGGUUCUUACUCCAGGGUGGGUCCAAACCUGGUAUAACGUGUUUAUGUGUAACUCAUUUAAAUAACAUCUUUAGUGCCAUUGAUACAAAAUUUAAACUAUAUGGAUAUUUAGAGAGAGGAGGUAAUCCUUUACCAAAUUGUAAACUUGAUUAUCCCAGGGGUAGGGAGUUUCAUAUCAGGGUUGGACCAAAAUGGUCAGUGAUUAAAUGUGUCAAAAAUUGAACAUUUUUACUUCUUAAUAAUUACCAUCCCUAUUCUUAUCAAAUUUUUUUAUCGAAUCAAUUGAGAAAUAUAAACAACAUAUGUAGGUGAUAAUGGAAUAUUGCUACAUAAAUAUGAGAAGUUGGCAAUGGAAGAAGCUGAAAUCACCCCAUUUAUCAUAAAGUUUAGUUGUUAGUUUGCUGUUAAUAUUUAUUUUCAAUAAAAUAUCUAUGUACGAAGC